CCAAAAUUCGAAAAGCGGAAGCUGCCUGAGGAAGAACGAGUGGACAGGCCGGAAAGGGGUUUGGUGAGCAGCUGCUGCUUUCAGCUCUCGGGUUGCCCCACAACAGGUGGCAGGUCCCUUAAGAGUGCUGAGAUGAGCAAUGAACCCAGAGGAAAAGGUUCUGGGCGAGGAGGUGGUGGCUUUCAGAGAUGGCGAGGAAGAGGAGCAUGGCAAGGGAGAGGAAAAGGACGUGGACAGAGAGGAGAAGGGAAAAGUGCUGGGAAGUCAGAGUCUGCUGUGCCUCAGUUCAUUCAGAUGACUCUGGAUCAGAUUCCUACUUAUAGAGGGUGGAAACUAUAUUUCUCUGAAGCAUAUGAUGACAACUCCCCUUUUGUUCAGAAGAUUGAAGCAUUUGAGAAGUUUUUUGUGUCUCGAAUAGAGCUUUAUGAUAAGGAUGAAAUAGAAAGAAAAGGAAGUAUUCUUGUGGAUUAUAAAGAGCUGGCACAUGAUAAAGAAUUAAUGGAAUCAAUGCCUGAUAUUGCUUCUGAAUUAAGAGAUAUGCCACAAAAGAUAUUGGACUGCAUGGGCCUAGCCAUACAUCAGGUGCUAAGCAAAGAUCUUGAAAAACAUGCAGCACAACUUCAGGAACAAGAAGGGCUGUCCAUUGAUGAAGAACCCAUAAUUAAUGUACCAUAUAUUCAUGCAAGGGUGUACAACUAUGACCCACUUACUCAGCUUAGGAAUAUUCGAGCUAAUUGCUAUGGGAAAUUUGUUGCAUUGCGUGGGACUGUGGUUCGUGUCAGUAACAUUAGGCCUACCUGCACCAAGAUGGCAUUUAUAUGCAGUGCCUGUGGAAAUACUCAGAGUUUCCCUUUACCUGAUGGCAAAUAUACUCUUCCUACAAAGUGUCCUUUGCCCGAAUGUCAUGGACGAUCAUUCACUGCCGACAGAAGUUCUCCUUAUACAGUUACUGUGGACUGGCAGUCUAUUAAGAUUCAAGAGCUCAUGUCCGACGAUCAGCGAGAAGCAGGAAGAAUUCCUCGAACAAUAGAAUGUGAACUGGCACAGGAUCUUGUAGACAGCUGUGUUCCGGGAGAUGUGAUUACCGUCACAGGCAUUGUCAAAGUGUCAAACACUGAGGAAGGAGCAUCUAGAAAUAAAAAUGAUAAAUGUGUCUUCCUGUUAUACAUCGAAGCAAACUCUAUCAGCAACACUAAAGGACAGAAAGUCAAGGACUAUGAACAUGGAAUAAACCACCAAGCGUGCAUGGAGUUUUCACUUAAAGAUCUUUAUGCUGUCCGGGAAAUACAAGCAGAAGAGAAUCUGUUUAAGCUCAUUGUCAAUUCUCUUUGUCCUACUAUCUACGGUCAUGAGAUUGUGAAAGCUGGCUUGGUGUUGGCAUUGUUUGGAGGCUGUCAAAAGUAUAUGGAUGAUAAAAAUCGGAUUCCUAUUCGAGGAGACCCUCAUCUUCUGGUGGUUGGAGAUCCAGGACUGGGGAAGAGUCAGAUGUUGCAAGCUGUAUGCAAUAUUGCACCUCGUGGUGUGUAUGUGUGUGGCAACGCGACGACUGCGGCUGGUCUGACUGUAACUCUGUCCAGAGACAGUUCUUCUGGAGAUUUUUCUUUGGAAGCUGGUGCCCUUGUGCUUGGAGAUCAAGGUAUCUGUGGAAUAGAUGAGUUUGAUAAGAUGGGUAACCAGCACCAGGCCUUGCUAGAAGCUAUGGAACAGCAAAGCAUCAGCCUCGCCAAGGCUGGUAUUGUUUGCAGUUUGCCAGCGAGGACGUCAAUAAUAGCGGCUGCAAAUCCAGUUGGGGGACACUACAACAAGGCCAAAACAGUAUCUGAGAAUUUAAAAAUGGGGAGCGCUUUAUUGUCGCGCUUUGACUUGGUGUUCAUACUGCUGGAUAUACCGAAUGAAGAUCAUGACUACUUGCUUUCCGAACACGUGAUGGCAAUGCGAGCAGGAAAGCAGACAGGAUGCAGCAGUGCAGUAGUGCUUCGCGCGAGCUCUCAGAAUUCGAACAUAUCGGUCCUUGAAGCCGUUUCAGACAAACCGUUGUCGGAAAGAUUAAAGGUCAUUCCGGGAGAAAAUUUUGAUCCAAUUCCGCACCAGCUGUUGAGGAAGUAUGUUGGCUAUGCCCGUCAGUAUGUGCACCCCACGCUAUCUCCAGAGGCCGCUCAGGUCCUCCAGGAAUUCUACCUUCAGCUCCGACAGCAAAGCCAAAGAGCAGACAGCACACCUAUCACCACACGGCAGUUGGAGUCGCUGAUACGUCUUACCGAGGCACGUUCAAGGUUAGAAUUAAAAGAAAAGGCCACCAAAGAAGAUGCUGAAGAUGUCAUAGAAAUAAUGAAAUACAGCAUGUUAGGAACUUACUCCGAUGAGUUUGGGAAGUUGGAUUUUGAUCGUUCGCAACACGGUUCCGGAAUGAGCAACAGGUCGCAAGCAAAGAGGUUUGUUUCUGCCCUUCAUCGUAUUGCAGAAAGAACCUACAACAGCCUUUUUGAGGUUCAACAGCUGCGGCAGAUUGCAAAGGAGGUAAAUGUAAAAGUAGCUGACUUUGAAAACUUCAUUGGAUCUUUAAAUGAUCAGGGUUAUUUCUUGAAAAAAGGUCCAAGAUUGUAUCAGCUUCAAACUAUGUGAAGGAAUUCAGCAACCAAACUAACUGAUUGUUGGAAGAGGAUCAGUAGAAGACAACACGAUACUCUGUUAUGGCUACCAAGGCUUAAAUGGAAGACCUUUUUAAAAAUCUGUAAGAAUUUUUUGAAAAUCUUCAAAAGGCACUGCAAGAAAGAAUAUUAAUUCAACAUGUUUAAUUUCAGCUACAAUGAUUUAAAAUGCUUAGCAGAUUCUCAUGUUGCAUUCUGCAGUAAGCACACUGGCUGUAUGCAGACAAGCAGAAACAUACAAGUUUCUUUUGUGUUCACAAAAGGCUUCCUUUGCUUUCAGUUUGUGUGGUGGUUUUCAGAGGUGAGGUGUGCUGCUGGUCUGGUUGCUGUUAGAUCUUGCAUACCCCACACAUUCACUGUUUUGCGUGUCGGUUGAAAAGGCUUCCUUUUAAAGUUUUUAUCUCAGUUCGAACUGUAGCUCACUGAUUCAAACGUGACAGCAAACAGUGGUAACCAAUAAACAGGAGAUGGACAUAGGAGCCAUAUAUGAGAAGGGAGUAUGAAAUUGUGUAACUCAUUCAUGAUUCUUGUAUGAGUGAUUGCCUUUUAAAAUGUUCAUUUUGAAAACUUUGGCACACUAGUAUUAAAUGUUGAUAUUUUGUUUAAAUGCAACAAAUAAUGUGCUCCGUAAUUAUAUUGGGUUGCAUCCAGCCAAGGUAUGCUUGGGGUAGAUUCAUUGGAUUUAAAGUUAGUCAUGUUCAUUCAUUUCAAUGGUUCUAUUCUAAGUGUAGCUAAUAUUGGAUGCAACCCAUAAUAUUUAGCAUGGUUUUUUAAAAGGGACAGAAAGUGUGUCAAGUGAAGGAAAUGUGAUUUUGAAAUAGUUCUACCGGUAUAUUGUAUUGAAAUUAUCCUUGGCUGAUAGCCAGUUUCAUAGGCAGGUUUUGAAGAUUGUUAGACCACUUACAAUCAACCAUAGGCUUGGGAACACUGGAGAAAUUUCCAGCACAGGGCACUAAUACUGUUUUAGAAUGUUAGUAUUUUUCCAUUACAUUUGUAUAGAAGAGAAAGGUAUCAGCUAUGACUUACACCCAUGAAUGUAUUGAAUUUGCUUAUGGGUAGAAUGUGAAUACUUUGUGCCGUUCCCCAUGCUGUGCCUACCUGUUGUUGGUUAGGUGGAAGAGGAGGGUUGGGUCUUGCAUGAUCGUUUGGGAAUAAUAGACCAUUGCUGUUCAAGUGAUUCACAGCCUGAACUAAGGCAGCUCACAACAACAGCAUUGCCACCAUACAAAUAUACAGUAAAAAGUUUAGGGGUGCAUAGUUGGGUUAAAGCUGCAGCCCUUGUCUUCAAAGGUUUAAGAUGACUCAUGUAGACAGUCUUGUAGCCUUUGAAUUGAUCAGGUUCUGUUGCUGCGUCUAUAAAAAUACAGUACCUUAAAUUCAGAAAAAAACCAAGCUGCCGACAUUUUAAAAUUACGGACAGAGUCAACACCCCCCUCCUCAGCCUGCUGUUACAUCCAUCUAUUUAUUUGUGUGCAAUAAAGCUAUUCUGUUUUGUUUUAACCAUUCGUUUAUUGGUUUCUGUGAAUAAAGUCAUUUUUAAAAAGAAAACACUGUUAUAAUUUUUUGUUCAAUGGUUUGAGUGCAAUAAAGCUAUUUAAAAACAGCAACCACCACUUACUGCUUUGAUUAAAUAGUCAUUUAUUGCUUUGCAUGCCACAAAGCUAUUUUUUAUCAUGACUUUCAUUUUAGGUGUUAAGCUGUGGAUACCUAAAAAACAA